CUAAGAAUCGCGAUGACAACUCAUCUUCUGCAUCUCGCCAGCUUCGUGGAUGUGGACAGGCGCUGGGCUGUCUGAAGCAAUGCAGCUUGAAUGGAUCCCGGUUCAUUCUCUUCUGCCAGACCAAUGUAGGUCUUAUCGAGCGCUUGAAUCCUCGUAACCUUGGGCCCCUCUUCCCCCCCCGGCCCAAAACUUAGCCAGCUGUUCGCCAGUUCUAACCCCCCCGCAGGAACAUACCUGCAUGCUUUUGACGAAAAUACCGCUGUACAAGUGGAGUGCUGUGGCAAUAUUACGGGGCCGGCCCCUAUCCUCCUGUCUACUAUAAUAGAACUGUCCCUCCCAUAAAAUAGUCGCCGAUAUGGAGGCCAGGUCAGACAACAGCAACAAGAACAACAACUCCCAGAGACUUUGCUCGUCCCUCCCCCCGAACCCGUGGCUCAAUCACCCACCCGCCAAUUCUCGUGGGCGGACCCGUCUGUUCGACCCUCCCCUAACUACGACAUCUCCUCUUGAUGAGUCUACCCUUGCACGUCGCACUGCAGCUCUGCGCCAACUGAAUGGUCUCCCGCGCGCGUUUCAGCGGAACCAUAGACAUACCACUUCCAUCAGUAGCAGAGCAUCUUUGCCUUCCCAGCCUGUGGUAGUUAGGACGUACUCUGCCGAAACUGAUGCUCAGACACGGCCAUCUGCUAUGUCACGAGGCACAGGUAUACUAGCAAACGGAUCUGCUUCAGAUAGGCCACCUGCCCAGCUACCAUCCGUUCAGGACUUCGGCAUUGACGGUAUUCUAAGGGCAAUUGAACCUGAUAUUCAAAGCACUUUGGAUGCAAUCGCUGAAAUAUGCGGAAGAAGCAAACUAAGUCUUGCAAACGAGUAUGGAAGCCACCGGCCUCCCCUUGGGGAAAUUCGUGCCUCGAGCAGAUCAAUAGAUCCUGGCCUACUCCCUGUCGAGGAGGCCAGUUCGAGUAACGAAAGAUUAGUUGAUCAAAAUGUCGUCAUUCUCGGUGAGGAUACGAGUACCGUCGACGGGCACAGUCGCUUCGCUUUAACAUACCGCUCGUUCGUCAAUCCACCCGAAGAUGUUGGUCUAGCACCAUAUGGACCAGCUAUGCCUCCUACCUGGGGUCAGGAGACAUUCUCUCGACAAAAUGCUAUGUCAACAAGUCAUCUAUCAUCUACUGGAGCACGGGCCCCACCUUCAUCCCAGACAAAGGAAGCAAAACCUUCAAGACACAGUUUUGACUGGGCUUUGCUUGGCCGAGAGACGGAGCAGAGGCAGCAGCAUCGACACAGCAUGUCGACUCAGCCUGUUGUUUCUGAGGUCCACCUAGAUGCCCAGGCAGAUGGAACAUACUUCAUGGAUACAUCAUGGGAGUCCUACCAUCGGGAGACUUCUGGGCCUACUGAAGACUAUUCAGUGGAAUCUCCCGUGAACGAAUCCCUUCUUCGAAUCCGAGCUGAAAGAUUAUCCUUCCUGGCUGAUUUGCAAGGGUGGCUGGCCUGGUUCAGAAAUAUAGGCCACCGUCUAGAUCAAGAUGGUGACUCUUCUGCUUGUCAGACUGCUGAAACGCGGCUUCGCGAGGUUCUACAGCGGCAGGGCAAUUGCGUUUCCUCAGGCAUUAUGUCUGCUAACGUUUCUUAGAAAUAAAUUCCAGCCUCUUAUGUUUUCCUCAGGUGCUUAAACUUCCUUUUUAUAAUCCAGACGUUUCCCUGCUGUAUUUCUGGCCUGGCGCACUGAAGUUAUUCUGUCUCAUUAUAUACUCUCCACUGAGCCUUUAUCCGCUAUUCACAUUUUACGUUUUGAAGGGCAACUCAAUGAUAUCUAACGAUUUACGUAUACGACUUAUCUGGGAGGUUCUCUUGCAAGAAGUUUAUUUGAGCAUUGCUAUUUUUCUCAUUAUUUAGUGCCACUCUCCAAAAUUGAUAGUUAGCAGGCACAUACAAUACAUUGAGCGCAAGCUAUCCACAUUACAAUACACAUAACAACUUGGGAGUCAACCGUUUGUACAAUACAAAUGGAUUUCAUUCCCAUGAAACCUAUUUUUCGCCCUUUCUAUCUAGCCUGUCCAAGAUCUGAAAAUGCAUGUGGUAUAGAAAAUAAUCAUGUAUACUCGCUAGAAAAUGUACACCAAAUAUGACCAAAAAAAUAAAUAAAGAAUCAUCCAAUAAAUCACCACAAAUCACCCCCGCCCCUCCGCCUCUUCA